AUGCUGACACGACGCCUGCUGGGAUCGAUUCCCAAGAGCAGCAAUGCUUAUCGCUUCGCGAUGUCAAGCGCUCGGUUCGCGCAGCCUGUACGGCACAAGUCCAACUACCUCUUGAGUGCUGUUGAGACAGACGAAUCGCAGAGACUCGAUAUUCAGCAUCGCAUGAAUCUUCACAUGUUAAACCAGAGGAUGCUGCACCCGGAAAUCCCAAAGAAUCUCGAGCGUAUCGCAGACGUGGCUACAGGAAAUGGAACAUGGAUUUUCGACCUGAUCAAAUACCGCAAAGAAAACUCGGGUUCAACUGAUACCAAAUACCACGGCUUCGAUAUCUCGGACUCACUCUUCCCCAAGCCAGACGCCAUUGAAACACUAAACAUCGACUUCUCAACACACAACUUCUACCAACCGUUCCCUGAAGAACAUGCUGGCAAAUACGACCUCGUCCACGCUAGACAUCUCAGUCUCACCAUUCGAGGAGCCGAGGACCUAAAGCUCGCUAUGCAGAAUAUCUCAUCUUUACUAAAAUACGACUUCCAAACACAAAUCGACAACUGCCCACCAGCAUACAUGACCGCAACUUGGCGCAUAAUCUUUGACUGGGUCAAGAACUCCGGGUACAGCCUCGACUUCCCCGACGACGUACACAAUACGAUUGCGUCGCAGGGGCUCGAGAUCGUCGACAAGAAGCAGCAUAGCACCCAGUAUGUUCCGUUCUGCGAGGAUCACCGGCUCACUCUACUGUACGCGUUCUACACGGGUGUUCCGAGGAUGUGUUGGAAGUCGAAAGGGAAGAGUGAUGAGGAGAUAGAGAGGAUUAUCGAGAGGUGCCUGGAGGAGUGGGAACAAGGGGUUCUUGUGGAUUAUUUCCUGACACAAAUUGUUGCUCGGAAGCCGGCUGAGGCUGCUUUAUAA